AUGGAAGACGUGUACACAAUUAAAGUUAAAACAAAGCCCGAUACAAGGAACCUAUAUCCGUCCGAGAGGCGUUAUUCAGCGUCUACGGUCUCAGGACUGGCUUGGGUACAUAUUGCAUUAGCUGCAACGUCUUUUCUUCUUGCCUGCUUAGCAUUAGUUAGCCCUGGUGCAGAAAUAGUUGCCGAAAAUACUGCAAAUAAUAGUCAAAAAGUAACUGACAGCGUCAACGGACUAAUUCAAAAUGAGAACGCUACCUUAUUCGAAAAUAAUGGAACUCAAACUAAUUCGAAUAAUUCGAACUAUGUACUGAGUUAUUUGAAUAAAACAACGGUUUUUAACGGACAAAAUGGGGACAAUAAUUACUUUUUAGUUAUAGCCCCCACUUUGAUUGCUAUAUUCGGAUUGGCUGCUGGCAUUGCUAGUAUUUUAGCAUCGGUGAAAUGGUACAUAGACCAUAAUAUAACAUGGCUGUUUAUUAUGUCUUGUUUAUCGACUGUUGUUUCGUUAACAUCAUUUAUAAUGAUCGCUGUAUGGUUUAUAACUACGUCGGAAGGUGACAUCACAGACUUUUAUAAGGACAAAGUCCCUUUUAAAGACUAUUUAGUUGUAAAACAUAGCGAUGUUUUAUUAAAAAAUGAAUCGCAUAUGGUCAUCGCGCUUAACCCAGUAACUGAUAGCGAAGAAUCGCCGAAUAUGUUUACAAAAGGUGUCUUAUCUAUAAAUAUAUUGAUAGCAGCGUUCUUGGAGCUUUUGUGGUCGAUUUUGAGCGUAAAAAUUUCUUAUAAAGGCAUGAAAAAUACUUACAAAGAAGAGACGGAGAGACGAGGUAACUGCAUCUCUGUUGUGACUAAAAUAAAAGGGAAUGAUACAAAAAAGUAUCCGAGAAGUAGCAAAAUUUUGCCUCCAAAACCCGAUUUGAUUGAGCAUUAUCCAAGUAAAAAGAUUAAAAGGAUCUUCUUGGCGCAAUCGGACAAUGGUUUCUAUUUAAAAAACCAGCCCAACAAAGCUAAACCUAACACGGAGACCAGCUCAGAGUUUUACAAGGAGCGAAUGAUGAACUUCCUAAAUCGAUGCGCUUCUUUAGAAGGAGUUUCGAACCCGGAAUUUAGUCCCAGUGUGAAUUCUGAUACUCUAAACCCAAUUCCUGAGGGUAUUUCUGUGGAGACACCAGUACAAGAACAUCAGCAACCAGAUGUAAAGGGCAGAACGACCCCAGUAAGUUGGGGGGACACCCCAGAACACACAAUAUACAACCAGAAUACUAUAACACGCGAACAAUUCGUGAUAAUUCAUAGGUCUUGUGGCGCGUGGUGCCAUCUAUCGAAGAUACAGGCAACACUAAAACACACUUUAUUCAGUUCUUACAAAAAUUAG